AUGGAAGACUCGCAAAAUCUUCAGGCUGUCAUGAUAGCAGACAGUUUUACAGAAGAAUUCAAAUCAUUGAAUCUCUCAGAGCCAUCAUGCUUAAUGCCAGUUGUGAAUAUACCUUUAAUAUCUUAUACAGUGGAGUUCUUAAUAUUCAAUCACAUAAAGAAGCUGACUAUCUAUGCUUAUGAACACUAUGAUAAAAUAUCUUCACACAUAGUGUCACACAAGAAGGAGAAUAUUGAAAUUGUUUUAGUGAAAUGCAGUGACAAACCCUCUGUUACUUCUGCCUUCAAAGAUAUGGACAGAAUGGACCAAUUCAAAAGUGAUAUUCUGCUCAUAAACAGCCACAAUAUCACAAAUAUUGACAUCUCAGAAGCUAUCAAAGCUCAUGAGAAGAGAAAGAAAGACGAUGUGCCAAUGAUCAUGACUAAAAUCUUUUUCAGCGUUCCUCUUGAGUCAAGGACCAGGAGCAAGGAAGACCUUCUUUUAAUAGUAGAAGAUUGUAAAACUAACCAAAUCAUGAAGUAUGAAAGUAUUGCUGACAAAAAGACUUCAAAUGUAAAUGAGUUCUUUGAAUUUAAGAAGAAGUACCAUUCUGAGCUAGAUAUCAGAAUGGACCUUGUUGAUUGUGAUAUUGACAUCGUCUCUCCAGCUUUGGUUAGUAUCCUCGAAGAACAUUCCAACUAUGAGCAAUUCAGAGAUGACUUCAUCAACAAUGUCACUGAAUCAGAGAUUAUAGUGGAUAAAAUAUUCUUAUAUGAGAUUAGAGGUGAUAAAUACUUCUCAAGGGUCAAUUCUUACCAGGGGUAUUUUCAAACCUGUAUGGAUGUGAUUCAGAGAAAGAGCUUCCCUCUAUCUCCAGGCGAAAUCAUUGACUCGAGCUCUUUCAUUGAGUAUAGAAGUUUAAUCAUUAAUCAGCAGGGAAGCUGCCAAUUUAAAGGAAAUAAUGAUAAAAUAGGCUCAUUCUGUGUGGGAGAUAAGACAGUUGUUGACUUUUUGGCAACAAUCAAGGACUCAUGCAUUGGUCCAAGCAGUCUCAUCGGUGAAAUGAGUGUGAUUACAGAAAGUAUUCUUUACGGGAAUAACACUAUUGGCCAGAACUGAAGUAUUUCUAACUGUAUUCUUGCUCCUGGAGUAAGCAUCCAAAAUGAUGCAGUAAUUUCUGACAGCUUGGUCAUUAACAAGGAUGGAGAAAACAGUUACGAGACUAUCAAAUUAGUGUAUUCAAAUGGCAAAAAUCUUGACGGUGAUGACACAGACGAAAGUGACCUCAUUGAAGAUGAAACAGAUGAAGACUCCGAUGAAGUCUUUGAAGUUACAUUUGAAGACGAAGUCAAGGCUAUCAUUAAGAGACAAAGAGAUGAAGAUCAUCAGGUUGAUUCUGUUAGAGUUGAAGUCAAUUCCAUAAAAUUCUCAAAGCAUAAAUCAAACUCAGAGUGUGUGAAUGCCAUUUUUGUUGGGCUUAUUAAUAUCUUAAUGGAGAGUGGAGAAGAAGAUAUAAAGAAAAUGAUUGGUACUAUUCAUACAAACAUCGCUAAUUAUGCUGAGCUAAUUCAAAACUACUUAAUCACAGAGAAUGACCAGGCAACGCUUAUGGAAAGUAUUGAGAAAUGUUGAAUAGAUCAUCCCAGCCUGAACUCAGGAUUCCAUUUGUUACUCCAAAUGUGCUGGAAGGGAAAACUUCUUUCAGAUGAGCAGAUCAUCAAAUGGUAUGAGACAGAAGUUGUCAACUCUCAUGAAUUAAGAGCUAAAUUCCUUGAGCUAAGUAAAGGAUUUGUAGAUCAUCUCAAAAAUCAAGGAGAAGAAAGUGAUGAGGAGGAAGAAGAGGAGUCUGAAGAAUCAGAUUAA